GAUCUCCAUCUCCCCCGUUCGGCCAUCGAUGUCUUCACCCUCUUCAUCCCCUCCUCCCUCUUCUCCUUCAACCCCGACCCCAAUCUCCUACCCCCUCGACGGAACCCUAACCCUAGAUUGGAUCCGGACCCUAACCUCCGCCCUAAACCACUCCUCUCGAAACCUCCCCGCUUCUUCUCUCCCCUCCGUUCUCCCCUUCCAAGUCCUCAAUCGCCUUCUGCUGACUGCUUCCAAUAUUCUUCACAGGGAGCCCAAUUGCUUGCAUCUUGACGCCGGCGACGGCGGCGCUGGAGAGGUCGUCGUCGUCGGCGACGUCCAUGGGCAGAUCCAUGAUGUAAUGUUCUUGCUGGAGGAUGCGGGGUUCCCCACCGAGGAGAGGAUGUUCGUUUUCAAUGGGGAUUAUGUGGAUAGAGGAGCUUGGGGGUUAGAGACUUUUGUACUUCUUUUGGCUUGGAAGGUCUUUCUGCCAGAUCGGGUGUUUCUCCUUCGCGGCAAUCAUGAAUCCAAGUACUGCACAGCAGUUUAUGGUUUUGAGCAAGAGGUAAUGGUUAAAUAUGGAGAUCAAGGACAACAAGUCUAUCGAAAGUGUUUAAGAUGUUUUGAAGGCCUUCCCUUGGCCUCCAUUAUAGCAGGCUGUGUAUAUACUGCUCAUGGAGGGCUUUUUCGCAGUGUAGCAGUUACUCCAGCAAAGAGGUCUAAAGGCAAAAAAGGUCGAAAGAUUAUAUCCCAAGUGGGCACAAGCAUUUUAAAGCUAGGUUCCUUGGAGGAGUUAUCAAAAGCUAGGCGAACGGUUCUUGACCCUCCUUGGGAAGGUUCAAACUUGAUACCUGGUGAUGUAUUAUGGUCUGAUCCAUCAUCAAAUCCAGGUCUCUCUCCAAACAGGGAGAGAGGUAUUGGUUUGUUAUUUGGUCCUGACUGCACGGAAGAGUUCCUAAAGAAAAAUAAUUUGAAGCUGAUUAUCAGAUCACAUGAAGGGCCUGAUGCAAGGGAUAAAAGACAUGAUUUGGGCUGUAUGCAAGAUGGAUAUACAAUAGACCAUCAGGUGGAAUCUGGAAAGUUGAUUACCCUUUUCAGUGCACCUGAUUACCCCCAAUUCCAGGCUACAAAUGAGCGCUAUAACAACCGGGGUGCAUAUAUUGUUCUGCAUCCACCUGAUUUUUCUACCCCCAAAUUCCACAGUUUUGAAGCCAUCAAACCUAGGCCUAAGGCAAGCCCCUACUAUGACUUUGAGGAAGUGAUAGACUCUGACGAAGAGCUGGACUUGAUCUCCAUGGACAAUAGCUCAUCCCUUGAUGUUGUAACAGAUAUCCAAUAACAUUAAAUCUUUGUGGUAUUAAUGUGUAUCUAUGGCGUCUUUUUGGUGUGAUUAUAUUUUUACUCAUAAAUUUUUCAGUCUUUUUGUUUAACAUAUGCUGUCAUGCCAGGAUAGAGAAGGGUCUCGUAGGUAGAAUGUCUGGCGUUCUCUCUUUUGAGCUCUUGCUGACGUGGACCGUCUUUUGGCCUAGUUUGUUGUUGGGCGCUUUGUAACCUUAUUAAUUAACUGCAUGUUUAUAUCAAUGUAUAAUUUCUGCAUGAUUACAACCGUUCUUUAAGUUUUCGACAUGCAGCAA